GCCUUUUUCCACGGUGCGCCGUGUCACUCCCAACAAGCCAAAUAGAUUCUCUACUUCCUCUGCGCCCUUUUUCUUCCUUUCUCGAGCGGCAUUGAUUGCGAUCGAGUUCGGGCUGGAGAUUCUUUUGGUCCGUUUGCAGAGUCUCCGAAGGGUGGGCCACUUGCUUAGGAGUAAGCUCAGAAGAUUCUGUUGACCUUAGAGGAGUCUUUAAUUUAUCCAACAGGCCUCAAAGAAGAACAUAUGCAGUUUCAUGCUGGUGGAGUGAAUGAUACAAAUUCAUGCACUUCCAUGAGUGGUCAGAAGUUAUAUACGUCACAUACAUCAAGAUGUAGCACAGAUACAUCACAGGCAUCAAAUUGUAGCACAGAUAGGGAUGCAGGUCUCUUGCUUUGUCGGGUGUGCCAUAGUGCAGAAUCAGACAGAAGGGGGGAUGCUGCCUUAGGUUUCUUGGACAUUAUCCCCCCAUCACAAGAAAUUUUAGAAAUCAACAAAAAUGAAGAUGAGGUUCCCAAGAGAAUUGCUGAAAAGGAUGAAGAUUCCAAGAAUUGCGGAAGGGUUCCUGGAUUUAUAGAGUUCAUAAGCCCUGAAGGGGAGAUAUUUGUUUGUAGCACUGAUGUAGAAUCAGGCUCAUAUCAUCACCAAGACAUGCUAAUUGAACUAGGAUGUUCCUGCAAAAAUGAUCUUGCUCUUGCACACUAUGCCUGUGCAUUGAAGUGGUUUAUAAGCCAUGGAUCCACUACAUGUGAGAUAUGUGGAAAUGUUGCUAAAAAUGUAAGGCCUGCAGAUUUCAGAAAGAUCAUGGCUUCCUUGAAGGAUUAUGAAGCAUUAAGGGAGAGGACAGCUACGGGGGAGCUUACACAUGUACCUACUGAGACAGCUUCAGAUGUAGAUCCUGAUGCUAUUGCUGCUAUCCGAAGACAAAGACUAAGCGAGAUAUCAUUGUGGUUCAAUCCUCAAAGUCAUGCCAUAACAGUUUCACAAGAAAUUGUAGAAGAGUUGCCUGAUAACCCAACAGAAAAUGUGGUACCUGAUAAUCCAACAACUAAAUGGGCUAUCGAGUUUACAGGAAUUUUAGUUGCUACUGGCCUUCUUACAGUUACCCUUGCAUGGUUAAUUGCUCCUCAUGUUGGAAAGAAAACUGCAAAAAAUGGUCUUCACAUUCUUCUUGGAGGUAUAUGCGCCUUGACAGUUGUGAUCUUCCUUCGGUUUUUCAUUUUAUAUCUUAAAAUUGGUUUGCAUUAAGAGAACAAAGCGUCACUGAGAACUUUUACAGUGGAUAAAGAUAAGCUAUUUUGGAAUCUUAUGACCGAUCCUGUAUCAAGUUUGUGCUAUAUGAAUCUGUAGCUCAUCAGGCAAACUUGUGGAUAUGUAUUUGUGCUUCUUUCUUAAGGAGAGAACUUCCUAUUCCUGUGCUAGAUCUUUUGGGAAAAAUUUGCUCUUUCAAAAACAACUAAUAAUGUAACCAACAAAGGGAAAAAAAGGUUCCUCGGGCAAGAAAUUUCAUGGUGGCUCACUUCAAUGGCAUGCUUAGAGGGGAAUAAAGCCAUAUUAGUUUGUACAGAAUUUAUAUAGAGUAAUACAGAAUUUUUCCAUCAUGACAGUGUGAGCAUAUUAUAGGAUGUACAUCCUGCUUCAGUUAAUUUGGUGAUUCCAGGAAGCCAAGAACUAGAACAGGAGUUGGAACAAGAAGGGAGUGGCAUGAUAUAUGGGGUUACAAUUUGCAGUUGCCUCAUUAAUGUGAGCAAAAGCAGAACCCAGUUUGGGUCUGAAAACAGGCUCUAUUACCAAAGUCAUGUAUUAUUGUCUUUAAGUGCUAGACCAAGUUUCUUGAGUUAAUGUUGUCUACCCUCAGUAUUUUAUCUAUCAUUGUUCCAGCAAAACUUUGCCCAGGAUAUUGGAUUGCUCCGUGUGACUUGCCUAGUUCAUCAACUGGACAUUGGAGGAAAUGCAAGUGGGAAGCAUAGUGGCAAGGAGCAUGUGGAGUCAAAGCUCAGGAUUGGUAAAGGAAUAGGAAGCGGAUCUUGGCUGGGGAAGGGGUUGAGAUUGGCAAUAUCAAAACCUUGCUUUUGUCGACAUUGGUUGAUAAUAUUAUAUGGCUUACAGUUAAAUCUACUGUGCUAGCAACAUUUGGAAGCCAGUGGUGACUUGGGCAAGGUUUUAAUAUGUAUCUAGUGGUGGACAAGGUGAUGACAAAAGAUGAAUAUUGGUGCCAGCUUGUGCCCUGAGAGAAUUAUGGAAGAAAGCCUGGUCAAAAUCAGGGCAUGGCAGGAUGAAACAUGGGUCAUUGUUUUCCGACACCCAGUAACAUGACUAACUCUAACCAGUUGGCACCCCAAAUGUUAUUUUACUUUCCAAUUUUUGGCUUCUCUUGCUAUAUCUGUUGAAUCUAAUGCUUGGAAGCACAAGGUUGUAUAGUUAAUUGGAGAUGCAGGCACUGGUCAUUAAUCCUGUAACAAGGGACUCCAAUGAUGCUUUGUCAACCCGUGAAUAAACAUAUUAUUUCUCUUAAAUAUCAUUCUAUUUAUGAUGCUAGUGUGGAAAAGUAGUAGAAUAUAUGAGACUUUUCAUUUGUUCGAUAGCUAUAUUCUUUCGUGGCUGCUAGUAUCUUUUUAUUACAUUCCAUUGGUUAGAUGAGGUUGUUUGCUCCUCUUAUAUAGUAGAUAAAAGAUUAUGCAAGUCUCUUUUUAAUGACAGGUUGUACUAUCAAGAAUCAAGUAUGGACCAGCGCGCUAUUGGGCAAUCUUGUUCAUAUUCUGGUUUCUUGUUUUUGGAGUUUGGGCUUCUCGUACCCAUCAUGCCCGCUCCACAUGAUCUGUUCCCCGUCCUUGUCGCUGCUAUCAUGUUUACAGCAAGAAAUAUCAAGCAAUAAAACAGUGUUGGCUGCUUCUGUCGUAAUGUUUGUUGCUUUUGCCAUGGUUUUCCCCCAUUUUAUGUUUGUUGCGAAGACCAUGUUCAUUCAUAUAGCUUUUGCUAUUUUUGUUUCAGAAAUAAUCAGAGAUACUUCUCGAAGCAGGACAUGAUUAAAUUUUGACUCCUGCCACGAUCUAUGCGGCAAUGAAGCAUAGUGAGCAGAAAGCGCAAAGCAUAGUGAUGAGGCUGGUGCUUGGAAUUCUUUAUGUGGUGGAUGGUAGGUUAAUGGGUAAAUGUGCAGAUUUAUUAGUAGGAUUUUGCUGUAAUUAGUGAGCAAUUGUGUUGGAGCAUAAUGUUGGAUAAGGAUCUCUGAUGCUUGAGAUAGAAUGGUGUACCAGGCUUGUUUCAAUGCAAGAUAGGGAAGCCAGUGGCAAUCCUAUUCGAACUGUUGAACUUUAGGGAUGGCCCUGAUUUUGUUGCUCUCAACAACUCUGGAGAAGCAUGUGGCAUUCACAGGAAUGCAUGCACGUCUCGGUUCUUCAUAUAAAUAAUUAGAGAAAGCAAUAUUCUGUGACCCUAUAUCCGAUUGUUAAAAGGAGAGUGAAUGUGGUUGUGCAAUUUAUAAGUGUCUUCGUUUAGAGCACUAGUGCUUGUGUCAUCAUGCAUUCUAAUAUGGAGUGGAUUCCUAUGAUUUAUAAAUUUGUAAUGUCAUUGUUUUGUUCCA